CACUCCCGCCUUACCACCAACUCCUCCGAGUGUCUAAUACACUGGAAAAUCAAAGCGCGAGCCUCCCCCGUUCACACACCAGUGUUGCGCGUGGUGCACAGCAGAGAGCCACCUUCCUUCUCCUCUCUCCUGCUGCUCUUUCAUCUGCAGGUUCAUCUAAGUUUUUUUUCUCUUUUUUUUUUUUGGACACAGCUACAUGUUAAAACUUUUCGUCUAGAACUAUUUUCAGUAUCUGGACAAACUAUUUUCCGUCCAUUUUAUUUCAUUUCAAACUUUGCAGCUUUAAAAGGGACAGGCUUUAUGAGACAAAGCAUGUCUGGAUGAGGUUAUUUUUACGCACGCCGCGGAAAUGGAACGGAGACUCCGCAGAGGCAGCUGGGUUCCGGUGACUGGUCUAGUCAUAUGUCUCCUUCUGUGUGCGUGUGUGGUGGACCUGGUCCUCGCGCAGAUUCGGUACUCUAUCCCCGAGGAGCUGGACCACGGAGCCUUUGUGGGAAACAUCGCAGAAGACCUGGGUCUAGAUGUGGCCAAGCUUUCAGCCCGCAGGUUUCGCAUUGUUUCUGGCGCAAAGAAGCAGUAUUUAGAAGUGAACUUGGAGAAUGGAAUCCUCUUUGUUAACGAAAAGAUAGACAGAGAGGAGCUGUGCGAAAGACGCCCGAGCUGUUUUCUACACCUACAAGUUGUCAUUGAAAACCCGUUAGAACUGUACAGAGUGGAAGUGGAGAUUUUGGAUGUCAAUGACAACGCUCCCAGCUUCCCGUGGACAGAGUUUAAUCUCGACAUCACAGAGUCUGCUGCUCCCGGCUCACGCUUCCCGUUAGAGAGCGCACAGGACCAGGACGUGGGCACCAACUCUCUGCGCUCCUAUCAGCUGAGCGCAAACCAGCACUUUGUGCUCAACAUCCAGACGCGCAAUGAUGGCAGCAAGUUCGCUGAGCUUGUGCUGGACACCCCGCUUGACAGGGAACAGCAAAAAAGACAUGAAAUGGUUCUUACUGCUUUUGACGGAGGUUCGCCAGAGCGCUCUGGGACAGCACUGAUAACGAUCACUGUGUUAGAUGCCAACGAUAACGUGCCUGUGUUUGACCGUUCAGUUUACAGAGCGAGCUUGGUGGAAAACGCGCCCAGGGGAACAUUGGUGCUGAAAUUAAACGCCACAGACUUGGAUGACGGCUCAAAUGGGGAAGUUACCUACGCGUUUAGCGGGCACGCACCUCUAAAGGUGCGCGAAUUGUUCAGUGUGGACCCUUAUAUGGGUGAAAUACGUGUGAAGGGCAUCGUGGACUACGAGAAAGCCAGCGUGUAUGAACUGUACGUUCAAGCAAAAGACAGAGGACCGUCGGCCGUGGCAGUACACAGUAAAGUGCUGGUGGACAUCCUGGAUGUGAAUGACAACGCUCCAGAAGUUAUCCUCACAUCAGUGUCCACACCUGUUCAGGAGGACGCGCCGCCUGGCACAGUUAUAGCUGUGAUCAGCGUCAUGGAUCGAGACUCGGGGGAGAACGGGAACGUGGACUGCCAGAUUCCGAAUAACGUCCCCUUUCAGCUCCAUUCCUCUUUUAAAAACUAUUACACGCUGGUGACGAGCGAGCCCCUGGACAGGGAGACUGUGUCUGAGUUCAACAUCACACUCACAGCCAGAGACUUGGGCUCUCCUUCUCUCUCUACCAGGAAAACAAUCCUGGUUCAAGUGUCCGACAUUAACGACAACCCCCCGCGGUUCUCUCAACCUUCAUACACAGUUUAUGUGACCGAGAAUAAUGCUCCGGGCGCUUCCAUUUGCUCUGUCUCUGCGUUUGACCCUGAUUCUAACCAGAACGCCUAUCUGUCCUAUUCUAUUCUGGAGGGUCAAAUUCAGGGCAUGCCCGUGUCCACUUAUGUCUCCAUCAAUUCUGACAACGGCAACAUCUACGCACUGCGCUCUUUUGAUUACGAGCAACUAAGAAACUUUCAGAUUCUGGUGCAGGCGCAAGACGCUGGGUUCCCUCCUCUGGCCAGCAAUGUCACAGUCAACGUGUUUGUUUUGGACCAGAAUGACAAUGCACCUGUUAUUGUCUCCCCGCUGCCCAAAAACGGCACCGUGGCCACGGAGGUGGUUCCGCGCUCGGUGGACGCGGGGUAUCUGGUUACCAAAAUCACAGCGUUAGACGCAGACGCAGGGCAGAACUCCCGGUUGUCAUACCAGGUUUUGCAGGCAACAGACCCGGGUUUGUUCAGCGUGGCUCUAUACACCGGUGAAAUCAGGACUAUUCGCCGCUUAGUUGAAAAAGAUGCAACAAGACAAAGAAUGGUCAUAUUAAUUAAGGACAACGGGCAGCCGCCGCUCUCCGCUACAGCCUCUAUUCUCCUCACAGUUGUUGACAGCGUGCCCGAGUCGCUGUCAGAUUUUGGAGACCUCACACUCAGCCCGAAACCCCCCUCAAACCUUGCCUUGUAUCUCAUCGUUUCGCUCAGCACAAUAUCGUUAAUAUUCCUGGUGGCUAUCAUAGUGCUGGCUUCAAUAAAGUGCUAUAAGGACAGGGAGACCCACAGCGGUUACAACCUCCCCCCUUUAGCCUGCUGCUGCUGCGGGGGAUUUCAGCCAGAGCCGCCCCCGGAGGUGUUCAAAAAAUCCAACCUCAACUUGCAGAUUUCAUCUGCGGCCAAAGUGCCCACAAACUGCAUGGAGGUGAAUGGAAAUAGCAGUUUUUCUCAGUCAUAUUGUUAUAAAGCCUGUCUGACCCCCGAAUCAGCCAAAAGUGACUUUAUGUUUCUGAAGCCGUGCAGCCCGAGCAGCACGCCGAGGAACAACGAGGCGAAGAGCGCGGACAACUCGUGGAACGCGCACAGCCGAAGCGCAUCCGUGAACAACGGGGCUACGACUCCGAGCGAGUUGAAACAACCGAACACAGACUGGACUCUGACAAAGACUCAGAACUCCUCGAUCAAAAGUUACAACUCCAUCAACAUGGAUGGCACACUCAUGCGUAAGGCCAUGCAUGCCGACCCAGAGAACUAUGUCACCUCCAUGGCACCUGGACAGUACUGGACAUGGGGAACUCAAAUGAAAGGCAUGAAAGAGUACAAGAUGUCUCCAUCACCUAGUGCGGUACCCUCUCGUCCCUGGACUCCUCGUUGCACGCCUCCUCCACAACAGCAGCAGCAGCAGCAGCCACCAAUUCCCUCGCAUCCACACCCACACCCACACCCUCACCCGCACCCUCACCCACACCCACAUCCACACCCACCCCCUGACUACCACCACAACGUCUACAUCCCUGGAACUCCAUCAGGCUUUUGCACCCUGCGGCCCACUGCCCAGCGAAGCGAACUGGACGUUCACAAUUCCUUCUCCACUUUUGGCAAGAAACGACGUCUUCAGAUGUCUCCGCAAGGGGAAGCUGCAGUGAUAAAUAAUGAUCUGUACAAUGACUGACUCUCCACUGGCUGCCCAUAAUUGGUGCACAAACUAAAUUCUGUAAAACAAUGCUUUGACAUGUAUAAAUGGUGUAAAAUGUUCAAAAAUACACAGAGGAAUAUAAACAUCAAAUGGAAAGUCUUAUUUGGAGGAAUUUGACCAGUCUUUUAUCUGACUUACCACUGCAACACUGUCAAUGUGUCUCUCUGUUAUCAUAUUAUAAUUAAUACAGUUAUUUUGAUCAUUGUUAUUAUUUAGACAAUCAAAGUGCAGCUCAAUCCCAUUCAAAAAGCAAAAGUGGACCAUGAUUUUGCACAUUUUUGUUUUUUCAUUCUUGUAUGUUUCUUUGCUAGCAGAGCUUAUGUAAAUAUUAUGUAAAUGCAUAUGCAAGCUGCACUAUGAUGCAGGCUCCGGUAACAAGGGGCUAUUCUCCCCUACACAUGUACUGUACACAUUUAUGAAAUUAAAGUAUUUUUUUCACUUGG